AUGUUCUUUAAACGCGCAGACGACGACGAUGACGUGCAGCCCAAAGGCAAUGAAGAUUCCGUUCAGCUACAGCAGAUGCUCACAUCCUGUUUGAUCAAUCGCCAGAUCCUGUGCUGUAUUGGCGGCGUCCUGAUCGGCAUUCCUAUCAGUAUCCAGCGGAAAUCGUACGCACCUUUUGCGGUUUUGGGUGUUCUCGGCUCGUUCGUGGACUACUCGAUCCCGUACACAACGGACUGUCGAAUGAUUCAUAAUGCCAUGAAAUUGGCACUACAGCAAGAGCGACAGCGAGACGCUGGGAAGUCGUCGCUGGACAGUUCUUCCCUUUGA